CGGUUGCGCACGGAGAGAGAGCGAGAGAGAGAAAGAGAGAGAGAGAGAGAGAGAGAGAGAGCAUCCAAACCACAGCCAUGGGGCUGUCGGUGUGUACAUUGCUGGAGGACUGAUUCAUAUUUUUUGUAUAUUUUUCACGCGCUCUCCCGUGAAAAAUAUACGCGACAUCCAUCAUGUCAAGUGUUCCUUUUUGUUGUCAACUUUGAUUCUCGGGUGAAGCAUGUCAGAGGCUGCUUCAGUGUCUCCGUACUGUUCGUCAUCAUCUCGGGGAAACUCGACGGUGCCUCAUCUUCCUUGAAGCCUCUUGGGUCUGAACACAGAGGAGCUCCCGUCAGGCGGAGGUGAAGCUGGAAGCAGACAAUGCUGCUCAUCCCGUCAGUCACUGGCCGCUCUGAGGUCGGCUUUCGGCUCUGCUUCUGGGUUUUUACGCGCUGAGAGGAGUGGAGGAGAGGGGGGGCUGAAUCACGCUUCACUACUGAAUUGAUUGACUGAUCUGAAGGGAGGAAGGAGGGAGGAGGAGGGGUGAAGCAUUUGGAUGUGAGAGUAAUCCAAAGGAGAGCAGCAUCCAGAUCUGCUGGUUGACUGGGCUCCAAGGGGAGAGGGGGUACCACUCAUUGGACCUUUGGGCAUUUGUUGCGGAGGAAUUCCGUUUUUAUUUUCUUUUUUAAUACAUUUCAUCUUUCUAUUCCCGCGGAUAGAGGAGGAUAAAGAAGAGAAGAGGGAACACCAGGUUGAGCUGCUGUGCGGAGGGGGGGGUGUUUGAAGGGGGGUGGGAGAGAAAAAUGCUGCCUUCGCAAGAAGCCUCCAAAAUCUACCAUGACAACUACAUGCGCAACUCCAGGGCCAUCGGGGUCCUGUGGGCAAUAUUCACCAUCUGCUUGUCCAUCAUCAACGUGGUGGUGUUCAUCCAGCCUUACUGGAUCGGCGACAGCGUCAGCACCCCUCAAGCCGGUUACUUCGGCUUGUUCCACUACUGUGUGGGCAACGGGAACUCCAACCGGGAGCUCUCGUGCCAGGGCAGCUUCUCCGACUUCAGCUCCAUCCCGUCGGGAGCCUUCAAGGCGGCCUCCUUCUUCGUGCUGAUGUCCAUGGUGCUCAUCCUCAGCUGCAUCGGCUGCUUCGCCCUCUUCUUCUUCUGCAACACCGCCACGGUCUACAAGACGUGCGCCUGGAUGCAGCUGCUCUGCGCCGUGUGUCUGGUGCUUGGCUGUAUGAUCUUCCCAAACGGCUGGGACGCCGAGGUGAUCCGAGACAUGUGUGGAGAGGACACGGGAAAGUACACUCUGGGGAACUGUUCUGUGCGUUGGGCCUACAUCCUGGCUAUCAUCGGCAUCCUGGACGCCCUCAUCCUUUCCUUUCUGGCCUUCGUGCUCGGCAACCGGCAGAGCGACUUUCUGCAGGAGGAGCUGAAGGCAGAGAACAAAGAUUUUGCUGUGUCAAGGAUUGAAAUCCGGGACACUAAGGAUCCAAGAUUUGGAGUCCAGCGGCUCCAUUGAAAGCCAAGCCUCUCCUCCUCCAGUUCUCUUCCUUCCUUCCCUCCCUCCCUCCCUCCAUCCAUCCUCUCCUCUCCUCUCCUCUCCUCUCCUCUCCUCUCCUCUCAUCGUCCUCUCCUCUCCUCUCCUCUCCUAAGCUCUUCAGGUAAACCCUAGAUCUGGGCUUAGAGGCCAGAGCCCAGUAGUUUGUUAAAUAGGACUGAAGUGGAAUUAACAAAAGCAAAGUGAGAAGAGAAAUGCAUCCUGAGGGGAAGUAGGACCAUCAGCUUGAUCAAACUCUGGGAUAAAAUCAUUCAUAACAUACAGUGUUACUGUCUCAUAAGGUUGUUAUAACAAAGAUUAUGAAGUUACUGAUCAUGAUAAUAAUGCUUGCAGUGGCAGUAGUCUAUGAAAAUAUACAUAUUUUUAUGGAGUGGACAAAAGCUAUUUCCAGCUUUAAAAGUAACAUAUAUAUAAAAGCACACAGGUGCUACUUCUAGAGGAAAAAAACAGAAAACAAGAACAAGGAAAAAAUGAUUUUGUACAGACACAGUGUAAUUUUCAAGUCUUUUUCAGGCCAAUUUUCAACUGCUCUUUGUAUAGGUCUGAUCCCAGAAACUAUAAAAAUGUAUGACAAUGAGAUGUUUCUAUGGAAACAGGGUAAAAAGAGACUCUUUUAAACAUUUGUUUUGCCCCCAUACAUGAAACAUCCCAGUACACUAGAGUAAAGCCUGUUCCAUUGUCAAAUCCUAUUUAAGAUUCUACUUGUGGAAGUCACCCUUCAGCCCACACUACACUGAAAUGGGAGGCAGAGAAAUGUUCUUGCUGUCCUCUAUUAGCUAUUUCAUUCAUUCAUUUCACUACAUUCUAUUUUUUCUUUGCUUUUUCUCUCACUCCCUUACUCGUCAUGCUCAGUUUCCCUCUAGUCAACUGGGUUUGGUUUGUCCACCAGGAAAGGC